CGUCAGCCGCGGAAUUCGACGCUGUCGUGCAUUCCGUUUUUUCGCCAAGACGACGACGACCAACGCACAGCCAUUCCACACCACACCCACCACAACCUCACUGCUUCAGCAGCCUCACCUCCACCGCCGCCAUGUCGUCCGACGAAGAGAUUGAAGACGUGCCUGAGAAGGCGCCGUCAAAGUCGAUUGCGCUCAGGAUGCAGAAGAAGAUGUUGGGCAUGACAGUGAAGAGCAAGGAGAGGGUGAAAGGAUACAUCGACGAGACGACAAGCGAGUUGCUGGACCACAUGUACGACUUUGCAAAGGCAGACACGGGCGACGAAAAGGUGGCCAAGAAGGUCAUCAAGGACAUGAUCAAGAUUCUGGUGAAGCUUGGGUUGUUGCUCAGCAAGAACCAGUUCAGCGGAAAGGAGCUUGCGUUGCUGGAGGAGUUUCGGAAGAAGACCAAGCACGGCGCUCUGACGCUUGUGUCAUAUCACGAAGUGGCAUUCACAUUCGACCAGGAGUACCUCUCAGGAGUGAUGAAAGAGAGCAGAGAUCUGCUGCAACAGGUCAUUGCCCGACACCUCACAGACAAGAGCAAGGGCCGCGUCGACAACGUGUUUUCGUUCUACGGAGACGGCGACCGUCUUGCCCGCUUUUACAACGACCCAAAACACGAAGAACUCCGUGGUGCCAUGAUGACGUGCCUGUCCAAAGUCCUCGAAGAAAACCUCCUGUAACUGCCUUGUGCAUCUCCCACCCCCCUUGCCCACCCUUCUUUAACUCUUCGUUGACAGCCUACCUGCACCGCCACAUAUGUUCCCUCCCCCCUUAUCAUGGCUCCUGGUUUUGCUCUGCUUCCUCUCUUAUUAGCCGCUUCCUGUUUAAGCUUCCCCGUUGCUUCCCGUGGUGUGAUGAGCGUCUUUUGUUGUCUUGGCCUCCACACCAUGUGACACUGCUUCUCAAGCAAGCAAAAACAACAACAAACAGCAAGCAAGGAAUACACCAUUCACCCAUGCCCG